AUGGCUGACGAGGCGACGUCGGACUGCUUGUUCGAGCGGCUCCGCUUGCACCAGCAAAGAGCCCCUGACUCCACGGAGGUGGCGAGAGCGAUCACAGCCCGAAUCAACUCUAGGCUGACUUCACAUGAUAAACAUGUACGCCAAUGCACUCUCGAUAAGCUCUGGAACAAACAAACUGGAGCGAUACAAAUGUUACUAUCAAUUUUAGAGAGCUCAAGAGACACGGCUACUUCAACAUAUAUAACUUCCAUUCUACGAGAGGCAAUAUGUUUAAAACAAGGAAAGGGAAAGAAAUGUUCAGUAAAUGAGACAUCAGGUACGAAGAAGAGAGAUAUUAAGAAAACGGGAAAAGAGAAUAUACCGCCUCUAGUUAGAAAGGCGAACAACAUAGCAAGGCAACAGUGCUCUCAACAUUUCAUUGCGCUAAACGGGACACAGGUCAUGAUUCGUACGAUCAUUGCGACGCACGGGAAGCGCGAUGGGAAUGUUGGGACCGAACUGAUGCUGCAGGACCUCGUGUGGAUUCUAGCGGCGUUGUCACCCAAAGAUGCAAAAUUCGCGAUAAAAGUGAGAAUGCUCGGCUGCGUCAGGACGAUGCAUCUCAUCCUCAAAGGACACUUUACAGACAAUAAGCUCAUAUUCCCGCUCCUAGUUAUAAUGAAGCAGCUCGCAAAGAAUCCUGUAACAACAUCUAUUUUGAUUCGGGACGGCGUCAUCACGACAUACGAACGGGUGCUAGUCAGUCUCGGCUUCAUACCGACCGCCAGACUGCGCUUAUGUCUAGACGCUAUUGAUUACUUCAGUAAAAACAAAGUAUGCUGCAUGCAGAUUGUGAAGACAGGCCUCUGUAGCGUUCUACUCCGCGUCUUCGACCGAUGGGAUCGCUACGAGGGACGCAUGCGACUUAAGAUCUGUGCACAUAUUCUGCAAACCCUACAGCACUUGUGCAAUAUCAAAGCGGGUAGGAGAUCGUUAUGUACAAAGAAGCAUGUCCAAACUCUACAUAGGUUCUGUUCCCAAUGUCCGGAUGAGCCAGAGUUUGAUGGUCUGCUGGCUCGAGUGUGCUCCGUGAUCACAUUAUGUCUGAAACACCAAGCACUUCCAGUACCAGUAACAAGUCCAGCGAUAUUUAAUCUAAAUCCCAUUUUGAAAGGUACAAAUACGUCAUGGCCAUGUCACGACGAUGAAGAAGAAGCGGCUAAUUCAGAUUCGAAAACUGUAAACUCAGAUUUAGAUGACGAUGGACCGGAUUUAGACUUAGAAGGCAUAGAUGAGUUUCCAGAUAUUGAAUAUGACGAGAAUGAGUUGAAACCGGAGACGACCGAAGAUUCAACAAAGAGUCAAACCAAAAGUGGGGAUAGCUUACAAAGUGCACUUUGGAUAAAUCCCAAUGAGAGAGAUCUAGAAGACUUAAAAAAGUACUUUAUAUUCUUUAAGGAAUUUGGUUCCUAUAAUAAACAAGUCAAAUUAGUAAAAAGCCGCUCAAACUCUAGAGGCUCCAUUCUUGAAGAUUACCUUAUAUCGCAAACUGCCAAUAAGAACGUUCCUUCUUCCAUAAACUUGUCUUUUGCGGCAAAUCUUGGAAGCCUUGUUGAUUAUGAUAUAACUGGGUCCGCACAAACACCUUCACUUCUGGGUACGGCCGGUUAUCACAGGAUUCAUGAGAGUACAUCCACAACGUCAUGUUCAUCACUGAAAAUCCACAAAGAUAUAUCAAAAUAUACGUCUUUCCCGUCCGUCUACUGUACGAUUUCGUCUAGGGUUAAAAGCAUAAUUCCGUUCGUGAAAGUGGCUUAUCCUGACAUGAUGGGUGGUCAAGGAGCUAAUCAACCGGAACCCUUAAAUAAAAUGGAAAGGACUGCCUGCAGAAAUAAGUUAUUGUCAUGCGUUGAUAGAGCAAUCAAUCCGGAGACAUAUAUGAACGAAGUCGUGUAUGAUUUAGAUGCUCUAUCCACAACGGCUACUGGCAACAACGAUACUACGUCACAAAAAAGUUUCAGUUUAGAUAGUCCCUUUUUGAAUAACGCGGACGAACUGGAAAUUACAAAAGUGAACAGCUUUUCAUCACGGCUCAGUUUUGAAUCGAGAUUCGAAUCUGGAAAUCUUAGGAAAGUUAUUCAGACAGGCCCAAGAGAGUACGAACUGAUCCUGAUGCCAGAUGUAAACUCGACCAAGCGUCAUCAAUGGUUCUACUUCGAAGUGCGGAACAUGCAGCAGGGGCGUCCCUACAUAUUCAACAUCGUGAAUUGCGAGAAAUCUGAUAGCCAGUUCAAUUUUGGCAUGAAGCCUGUUAUGUAUUCCGUGAAGGAGGCAGUACUAGGAAGACCUGGUUGGGUUCGAGCCGGCACAGAUAUUUGCUACUAUCGCAACAGCUACCACUACGCUAAUCAGAAGAGCCAUAACAAGUGCUACCUCACAGUCACCUUCAACAUUGAGUUUCCUCAUACAAAUGACGUCUGCUAUCUCGCCUAUCAUUUUCCGUUCACAUACUCUAUGAUGCUGACUCGAAUCUGGCAUUGGAGCACUCUCCUUCCAGCGAACGCGUACCUUCGAGUGGAACCACUCUGUUAUUCGUUAAAUAGCAACGAAGUUCCCGUUCUCACUAUAUCAGCUGAGGAUACACCUUCGAAUCCAAUUGUGGACCGUGAAAUAGUAUUCCUUACUGCGCGUGUCCACCCUGGGGAAAGCAAUGCCUCGUGGGUGAUGGACGGCACUUUGGGAUACCUUUUGGCGGAUACGGCCCCCGCGGCCGCGUUAAGGGCCAAAUAUGUAUUCAAAAUUGUGCCCAUGCUUAACGUGGAGGGCGUUAUCAACGGGUGGUAA